AUGACGCACUACGGUUCACGUUCACGUUCACCCGACUCAAAACGAACCAGGCGAGGCGACGACCGCUACGAACCCCGAGGCGGGCGCGUCAGAAGUCGCAGUCGUGAGAGACGAGACCGGGAUUACAGGGACCGAGAACGGGACCGCGAUAGAAGAAGAGAUAGGAGUAUUGACCGCCGGAGGAGAGGCGACGAUUAUUACGAUGCGAGGGAAGAGAGGGCUAGGGGCGUUAGUGCGAGAGAUAGAGAUGAAUGGGAUAGGAGAGAUAGGUCCCCAAGGUUGAGAGACAGGGAGAGGAAACGUUCAAGGAGCAGAGAUACCAGUAGGGAACGUCUAAGGAGGGAAAGAGAGAGAGAUACGAGACGGGGAGAUCGGGAUGAAGACCCUAGGAGGCCUUCAAGAGCAAAAGAGCCUACACCCCCGCCGGCUGUAAUGAGCGACGAAGAGAAGAUUCGACAGCGUAAAGAGCGUCUUGAAGCUUGGAAGCGCAAAAGGGCCGAGGAGGAAGAGGCGAAAAAAAAUGCAUCUCCUGCUGCCAUCUUGUCUUCAUUGGAAAGACAGCCUGUGCCUGCUGAGGUUGUUCCUGUUGCUGUGCCUGCCACUGUCACCUCUUCAGCGUCUGUGAAGAUAGCUGCGUUUCCUAAGGUUGCUGCGACACCCACAUCCUCAACUUCCGCCUCCACCUCUUCCGCUGCCCGUCCAAAAGCUGACAAAGAUUCACUAGUUGCCAUCAGCUCGUCUAUUGGCACUAUAAAUGGCUCUGCACUACCAACGAACCGCCCGGUAUCCACCUUUGGCUUUGGCGCAGCUACUAAGAAAGUCGCGCCCCAAAAGGGCAAACGGGCGCUAGCCUUCGGUGAUGAGGAGUCUUCUAGGAAGAAGCUUGAACGUUUGCCCUCGCCCAUUCCUGAUGCUGGAACAGAUGGUGUAGGUGCAGAAGAUGUAGACAAUGACACCGAAAUGCAGGAUACCACUGAGGAGGAAGCUGCUGCCGCUGCAAGGGCCGCCGCUGCCCAGCGAAGUGAGCGCAUCGAAGCGGAAUCUGCAGAAGCAAUGCAAUUGGACCAGGAAGUAAAGGCAGCCGCUAUAGCGGAACAAGCUCCAAUCGAAGAGGAUGAAGAGGCUGACCCGCUUGAUGCAUUCAUGGCCGGAAUUGGUACCUCAAUGGCCACUGCAGAGAAAAAGACGAACGAUGCUAAAGCACCUGCAAGCCAAGAUGGAACUUUGUUCGAUGACGAUGCUAUAGAUUUGGUUUCGGCGGAGGCAGACCCAGAUGAUAUUCUGGCGAUGGCAGCAAAGAUGAAAAAGAAGAAGGAACUCCCAGCAAUUGAUCAUUCCAAGGUCAAUUAUGAACCAUUCCGUAAAAACUUUUAUGUCGAGCCAGCCGAUUUGGCAGAAUUGACAGAACAAGAGGUCGAUGAGCUACGUCUUGAACUAGAUGCGAUCAAGAUUCGGGGACAGGACUGUCCAAAACCAGUGCAGAAAUGGAGUCAGUGUGGACUACCAAGUCAAAGUCUAGGAGUCAUUCAGCAACUUGGCUAUGAUAAACCAACGAGUAUUCAGGCGCAGGCUAUUCCGGCAAUCAUGUCGGGAAGGAAUGUUAUUGGCGUCGCAAAGACUGGCUCAGGGAAGACCAUAGCAUUUUUAUUGCCCAUGUUUAGGCAUAUCAAAGACCAGAGACCGAUUGAAUCUCAGGAAGGACCGAUUUCACUGAUUAUGACACCAACGCGAGAGCUAGCUGUGCAAAUUUUCAAGGAAUGCAAGCCGUUUUUAAAGGCUUUGAAUUUAAGAGCUGUAUGUGCCUAUGGUGGUUCACCUAUUAAAGAUCAGAUUGCCGACCUUAAACGUGGAGCAGAAAUAAUUGUGUGCACGCCUGGCAGAAUGAUUGAUCUUCUUGCCGCAAACUCGGGCCGUGUUACAAACCUAAAACGAGUCACAUAUAUUGUCCUCGAUGAAGCUGAUCGAAUGUUCGAUAUGGGUUUCGAACCCCAAGUUAUGAAGGUGAUCAGUAAUAUCCGUCCCGAUAGACAAACUGUGCUCUUCUCUGCAACAUUCCCCCGCCAGAUGGAAGCCUUGGCCCGAAAGAUCCUACAACGCCCCGUGGAAAUCACAGUUGGUGCGCGUUCGACUGUUGCCUCUGAGGUCACCCAAAUUGUCGAGAUUCGAAAUGACGAUACAAAAUUCCAUCGUUUACUUGAGUUGCUCGGUGAACUAUAUGAUACCGAUGACGAUGCACGUACUUUGAUUUUUGUGGAUCGCCAGGAAUCAGCUGACACUUUGCUUCGUGACCUGAUGCGCCGUGGAUACCCAUGCAUGUCUAUUCACGGAGGGAAAGACCAAAUCGAUAGAGACUCAACAAUCAUUGAUUUCAAGAAUGGUGUUGUACCAGUUCUUGUUGCCACUUCAGUUGCUGCGAGAGGUCUUGAUGUGAAACAGUUGAAGUUGGUGGUAAACUAUGAUUGCCCAAAUCACAUGGAGGAUUAUGUGCACAGAGUCGGAAGAACAGGGAGGGCAGGGAUGCUAGGGACUGCCGUGACAUUCAUUACUGAAGACCAGGAUAGAUACGCAGUAGAUAUCUCGAAGGCACUGAAACAAAGCGGGCAGAAAGUACCGGAGCCAGUACAGAAGCUCGUUGAUGCGUUUAAUGAGAAGGUCAAAGCUGGAAAAGAAAAAGCUAGUGGAUCAGGAUUUGGAGGGAAAGGCUUGGAGCGCCUCGACCAGGAACGCGACUUGGCUAGAAGAAGAGAAAGGAAGCAAUUCGCAGCGGAAGAUGGUGACGAAGUAGUUGAAGACACUGCCGCUGUUGAUCCUGAAGAUGUUGUUUCAAAGGCGGCGACGUCUGUCACGGCUACAAAGAAGGCGCAGGAGCUUGGAGUAGGAGGCCCACUUGAUGCCAAGAUCGUCGUCAUUAAACGAUCUACUGCUACUCACAGCCCAGCUUCGGGCACAGAUGCCCUAGACCGCGUUAAACAGGCUACAUCAGCAAUCCAUUCUCGUCUUAAUAAGACCGGACAGCUUCGUACUGGUGUCCCUAUCGAUAAUAAGGGGCCCGAUGCCGGAGCAUACCACGCCACUUUAGAAAUUAAUGACUUUCCCCAAAAAGCAAGAUGGGCAGUUACCAAUAGGACCAAUAUUGCCAAAGUUUUGGAAGCAACUGGAACAUCCAUCACGACUAAAGGUUCUUAUUAUCCAGCCGGAAAGACACCCCAGCCUGGUCAAGAUCCGAAAUUGUAUAUCCUUGUGGAAGGUGAUACCGAACUUGUGGUGACAAAUGCUAUGAGAGAACUUAAGAGGCUGCUUGCAGAUGGAACCCUUGCCGCCGUAGAUAGCGAGAAUAGGGCGCCUGCCAGCUCAAGAUAUAGCGUAUUGUAA